UUACGAUUCGUUUUCUCUUUUAAUCUGUAAAUAGAGACUGUUAUUCCAACUAACAUGUCAAUAGCACAUACAGUUAUAGAGACACAGAGGACUUCUGAUAUAUUAAUAUCCGAAAAUGUUGAUUUUGCUGGGUUGUUAUUGUCGGAUUAUGUUAUCAAAGGACUGAAAAAUGCUGGAUUCCAAAAGCCAUCGCCAAUCCAGUUAAAAGCAAUCCCACUUGGAAGAUGUGGACUUGAUCUAGUUGUGCAAGCCAAAUCUGGGACUGGGAAGACAUGUGUUUUUUCUGUGGUUGCUCUAGAAUCAAUUCUUUUAAACAGUCCAGCUGUCCAGGUGUUGGUUUUGGCACCAACUAGGGAAAUAGCUGUUCAAGUUUGGGAUGUUAUUCGCAACAUUGGCAGUGCAAUGCCAUCUCUUCAGUGUCAGACAUUUAUUGGAGGUAUGCCACUUUAUGAGGACAAGAAGAAAACAAAGAGCUGUCAAAUUGCCAUCGGUACUCCAGGUCGAAUAAAGCAAUUAAUUGAAGAUGGCAGUUUGAAGACAUCAAGUAUUAGAUUGUUUGUGCUGGAUGAAGCUGACAAGCUACUUGAAGAGGGUUUUCAAGAACAAAUCAAUUGGAUAUAUUCAGCUUUACCAGAAAACAAGCAGAUGUUGGCGUUGUCUGCAACCUACCCUGAAUACCUUGCUCAGCAUUUAACACGAUACAUGAGAAACCCGACCUUCAUAAGACUCAAUAUUUCUGAUCCAGCUUUGUUGGGUAUUAAACAGUAUUAUAAGGUGGUUGAUUUUCAUUCCAUGGCCAAACAGCAGUUUGACAACAAAGUCAAGGCUGUAGUGGAUCUUUUGUCUAACAUCAGUUUUCAACAGUGCCUGGUGUUUUCCAAUCUACAGACAAGGGCACAGAACCUCUCUGAUGAGCUACAGAGCCAAGGGUGGCCGACUGCCUGUAUCGCUGGCUUCCAUCAACAGAAAGACAGAAACGAGGCCAUGGCCAAACUAAAGACGUACAAAUGUCGAGUUCUGAUAUCCACAGAUCUGUCUUCAAGAGGAAUUGAUGCUGAUAAGGUGAAUUUGAUCAUUAACCUGGAUGUACCACGAGAUCACGAAACAUAUCUACAUCGCAUUGGAAGAGCUGGCAGAUUUGGUUCGUUUGGUGCAGCAGUUACGAUAGUUAGCACAGGUGAGGAAGAAAGAAAUCUGAAAUCCUUGGCGCUGAAGUGUAACACGCACAUCUUCCCAUUACCAGAGCCAGUUCCAGUUGAUUUGGUGAAGAUCGAGCUGCCAUGUGCGAGUGAAGUAGUGAGUACAGAACAGAUAAUAACCCGACCCAGUGUCAACCACAGAAGUCAUGAGUCACAUACUGAGGACACCAGUCACCAUGAGCCACAAUACCAGAUAUCACUGGAGGAGGAAGAGGAUGUCUUGACCAAUCAGAAUAGUGCUGAUUUUUUGAUACAUCUGCCAUCUCACGAGUCAUCAUCCAAGCAAAGUGAGCAAGACUUGGGUCAACCUUCUGUUGAUAAUUCCUCUAAUGCUGAAGUGCAACCAGGUGAAAGUGAAGUGAAGAAUGGCAACGACUCUUUGUUUCGUUCCUGUGUCACAUCGUUGUGUAGUGCAGUGAAAACUGAAGAUCAGGAGCGGAAUCCAUACAGGUCGGUUAAUCCAGAAAGAAUCGACAGUAGGAGUAGAGAAACUUUCUGUGAUAGUUUUUUACCAUUUGCAACUGCAGACAACCCAAAAUCGGGUAAUGUUCAUGGACAAAAAGACGUCCUUUCAAACAUGGAUGUAGUCAUUUCAGAGAAGUCAGACUUGAAUCAGAAAUUAACACACCCACCAGAAACAGGAGUUCAGAUUUCAGAAAAAUUAAGACGCCUUCAGGAAUCUGUGCCAAUAGAUGAAAGUGUAGCCGUUGUUUCCCCUGCAAUUGAUUCCAGUUGUGGCAGAGAAAGCUCUAUUUCCUCUGCAGUGAAUACCAGUUACAAUAACAAAACAAUCUAUAUUUCUUCAACAACUAAUUCUAGUCAUAAUAACAACAAAACCAGCCGUGUUACCUCAACAAUUAAUUCUAGUCAUAACAACAAAAUAAGCCAUAUGUCCACUGUGGACAGGCAUGGGGAUGAAAGCAAAGUGGGAAAAGACCUAUCUGAGUUGGUUUCACAAAUCCCAUCAUUUGCUGCAUGCAUUGGAUAUGAAAGAACCAAGCAUACCCAUACCUACAAAAGUGCAGUAGACAGUCUUGAAAAAUAUAAACAGGAAGACUGCACAAAAGAAACGCUGUGCUUGCUGGAUAUGAUCAAAACUAAGAUUAGUAAUGAUUUGAAGUUAGAUGACAAACAGAUGGUUGCUUCCUUGUCCGAUAGUUUGGCUAAAUUUCACACAGAUAUCAAAGAAAAGUCGCUUGAAAAAACUCUGCUGCACCAAGAUAUCUCUGUUAUAGAAUCUAGGGAUGAUACUUUGAAAGCAAUGCCAAAAUCACAGGAUAAAACAACAGAAGACCAGACACUUUCUGUGAAAUCACCUCCAGAUACUUCAGCAACAAAUAGGGUUUCUUCUUUGACUUUUUCAGAUACCAAACCUUGUGUGAGGCCAAAAUCUCGCAAAGGAAACAUGAUGGCUAGUUUAGAUAGUAGUCCUAGACAAACUGAAGCCACAGAAGCACCUCUGGUUCAUUCAGGUCUAGCAGAUUUGAACGUGGCCCAGACAGGUGACCUUGAAGGCAGUUUUGAAAGUGGAGAGGGUUAUGAGACUGACUCUAGUUCAAGCUUUAGCUCUCUGUAUGAAAAGGAUGUAUACAAAAAUAGUUAUGCAGCUGAAUCAGAAACACUGCGGGCUCCUCAAAAGGGGAGCACUAGACAAUCCACGGAUCCACAUGUCUCAGGAUUAUCUCAGGAUGGUAAACCAGUUCCUGAGGUUCCUCCAGAUAAUGUACAGGCAAAAAAAACCCACAGCACCUUUUGGUCUGUUGGACCAUACACUGAUCCAAAGCAUCCAUACCAUGAGGAGAAAACGGAGACAAAUGAUUCAAGCUCUGCAGGUGACAUUAGAACUGCUUCAACCAGACCUGACACAAAUGAAGGGGGAACUCACUAUGACUAUGGUGAAACUAGAUUACAUACAGCAGAAGUUGACCACCUGGAUGAAGAAGAUACAUCAACAACAUAUGUUAAAUUUCCGUACGGAGAAAAUCCAAUUAUGGAAGAUCAUGAUCCCAGGGAAGAAAAUCCAGUUCUGGAAUUUCAUUUUCCAUAUGGUGAAAAUCCAAUUACUGAAGUUCAUCCUCCACAUGGAGAAAAUCCAAUUGUGGAUGUUCAUUAUGCAUAUGGAGAAAAUCCACUAUUAAGUUCAGAAGAAACUUCACACAAUGCUGAAGAAGAAUUGUUUUAUUACAAGAGUGUUCCGCCUUUCAGAGAUCCAUCUGCAGAAUGGCAAGACUUCUGUCCCAAUGGCCCCACUAACCCGUACCAGCCCUUGGACCCAAACAUUCAAUACAAUCCCAGUCCUUACCAGCUGGGAUACCAACCUCCAAAUGUUCCUUUCCCCAACUAUUAUCCAGUGUUAAAUCCAUACUAUUAUUCACCUCCAAACUAUUAUCCUCAAUAUUUGUAUCCCCCUCAAAAUCCAUACUUUUUUAACAGUUAUGGCCAAGUGCCUCCUACUUAUGUUUAUCCUCAGAACCCAUCUCCACAGAGGCAUGAAUCCCUUGACGAGGUUCACAUGAAGUUAAUUAAAAAGCAGAAAGCAUAUGUUAAACUGAUGUCAAGAUAGUAGGACUGAUCAAGAAAUAACCUGCAGUUUUAGCACCAAGUAAGAAAUACUACCUUGUAAAUAUGCUUCAAAUGUUACAAUAAAAUCAUCCAUUACAGUGUACAUUUCUUAAUAUAAACAUUAUACUGCGAGCAUGAUAUAUGUAAUUUAUUGCCUACUGGACUGAAUUAGGCAACUUUUGCACAGUGGUAGAUGAUUUCUAAAUACACCUAACAUCAUAACUCAUGUUUUUGUGAAUUCUGUUGAAAUAUGUAUUCACCAAGUUGACAUUUCAUGUCGAAGAAUCAUUGACAUUGUUUUAAAAAUAUUUAAACAAAUUAAUAUUUUCGGCUUUACAUUUAUGGUUACGUUGUUACAUUUUAUAUUGUUGCAUAAUGUGGACUUUAGUUUUCGGCCUGUGAUUAAAUUAAUUUGUAGGUGAAGUGUUUAUAAAUCAUUUUUUAAUAUAAAAAAACCCUUAGAUUAUAAAAUUAAUGUUUUGUUAAGUACUGUAAUUAAAUGGGCAAAAAAAAUCACUGUUGUGAGAUGUAGGUAAAGCAAUUCCAACCCUUGGGACAAAAUGUUUUUUUAGGGCCUCUGUAAACCUCAGCCCUCACAAAUAACAUUUUGUCCCUUGGGUUGGAAUUUCCUUAUAAAUCUACACCUCACAGUGGUGAUAGAUUUGAUUAGUAUGAUAUAUAUCUAGGCACCAGUCUGAUCCAGCAUCAAAAUAAGUCCAUCCUGUCUAUGGGAUGGUGCAUAUAAAAGAUCCCUUGAUGCUAAUCGAAAAGAGUAGCCCAUGAAAUGGCAACAGCAGGUUUCCUCCCUCAAUAUCUGUAUGGUCCUUAACCAUAUAUCCGAUGCCAUAUAAAUGUAAAUAAAAUGUGUUGAGUGCUAAAUAAACCAUUUCUUUCCUUCCUUCAAAAUAAGUCCAGAACAGUCAUUCAGGUGCCACUUGUCAAGAAAGUCGAGAAUGUAACUUUCUUUUCCACAAAAUCUUAUUUAAAAAAAGCAACUUGCAACCUAAAUUUUGAACAAUAAUUGUACUAUUCAAGUACAAAGGUACAUUCCAGUAUCAAUGCAAUUAAAACUGUGAUAACACUGAAGAACAAAGAGUUUACUAAUACAGUGGAACCUGCAAAAUCUGGAUCACACCAGCAUCAAUAAGCAUAGUGUAUGGCAACUAAUGUACAUGUCUAGGUUAUUACAAAAUAUGGACCUGGUAACCUCUUUAUAUGUUGUUACACAUUUAUCAAGUUUAUAUUUACCGUUAUUUUAUGGAUCCACUGAUGUUAUUAAGAGAGAAACUGGGCUCAAUUGUGAAAACAUAUUCGAUGAUGCAUAAUUUCGGUAAUGUUUCUGUGCCGAUAUUCUGCAACCUGUUGGAGCCAUCAAAACCUAUGUCAUGCUCAACAAUGGAAUAUGUUACUAAAACAAUAAGAUGGAGAAGAAUAAGAUGGAAAGUCUGUUCUUGUGACACUGUUAUUAAUAUUAAGUCAUUCAUCUGGGAUUAUUGUUUUGAAGAACUGGUGCUAUUGAAGAGCCCUUGUUGGGCUAUUUCCCUUUCCAGCCACUACACCAUGGACUGGCAUAUCAAAGGCUGUGGUAUGUGCUAUCCUGUCAGUUGGAUAGUGCAUAUAAAAGAUCCCUUGCUACUAAUGGAAAAGUGUAGCAAGUUUCAUCCAAUAGCCGAUGAUUAAUAAAUCAAUGUGCUCUAGUGGUGUUGUUAAACAAAACAAAACUUUAACUAUCGAAGACCUUGCUGCAUUAGUUGUGGAGCUCAAGAUAUUCAUUUUGCCAUCAUUGACAACAUGUAACUUUUGUUCUUUUUGAACAACCCAUCAUGACCUUGUAAAUAUGUUCUAAAUUUAAUGUGGUAAUGAGAAAAGGGUUGCACACACAAAAAAGGGCCUGCAUGACUAUGACCUAUUUUAACAUGGCCCAAUACCACCAAGAUUUCUGGCAUGUCCAUCCCAGGCAGGGACUUCAUCUGGGGACCUGCAUGAGAAACUAGCAAACAAAACUGUUGUUUUUGCAAUUUUUAAGAGGCCUGUUACUAUAACAUGAGAAAUGACAAGACUGAUUGUGUCGUUUGUCAUGACCAAAGAGUCGACCAUGACGAAACUCUAACACCAUUGCAGGUGUUUGUUGACACUUCCCCCAAGCAGCUCCAUUGUUAAACCAUUUCCCUUACUGUAUACUUGUGGGGUUUUUGUUUUUUUAACGAAGGCCUGCUUUGUGCACAUGUAUGCAUAAAAAAUCACUCAUUGAUACUCUUUUUCAGUGCACUUUUGAAGUCCGACUAUAAUAACUAUUACAGAUCGUGCUUGCCCUUUAUGGUUUGUUUUUUAGUGUAUGGCUUUGAUGUAUCAGGGUAACUAUUUGUACCCAUAUACUUCUGUUAUAGUCUUAUCAGGCUUGCGAUUAUUUAUGUAGCAUUAUAUAACUUCAAUACAAUUGUUUCAAAUACGUGCACUGUGGUGUUAUAGAGAUUUUCUUGAGUUAUCUAUCAUUGUAAGACGUUUCCAACUAAUAAAACCUUUAAAUAACUAAAAUUACAUACUAAAUAUAGAUUCUUGUUAAGAAAAUCAAUGUGUAGCUCAAACCCAAUUUGGUCUCCAUUAAUUUCUUAUAUUCAAAAAAAAAAAAAAUAUUGGGAAAUGAAAUGCUGUUUGACCUAGUACAAAUACUAGAAAGAAAGAAAGAAAUAUUUUAUUUAGUACAAAUACUAGGACAACCAGAAACACAUUUAAUAUAUAUAUUAACCAGUAGUCCCCGAUAUUUUAUCAGAAAAAUGUAUUUAAUAUGUAAUUAUGUCAGUAAAACAUCUCUGUUCAGGGGUGCAGAAAUAGAAAAUAUUUCACUAGCUCACCGGAUCAGAACAAACUAAGAGUUACUAGCCCGCAAGAAUUUUUACUAGUCAACCAACCUAUAGAACAAUAUUACUGUCAAUAUUAUAAUAUACACCGUCUCCACUUCAUAUAAUAUAUUAUUAAGUACCCUUGGUAAGUGAUCAACAUCACAUGGCAAACGAAAUCAAGUCCCAUACCUUGAUAGACAACUCCAUAAAUGUUUUUAAUAUUCUGAUAUAACAUUUUUCACAUUUCUUUCAUAUAGAUUUUAAAAAUUCAAGUGACAUCCUGCAAGUAUUUAACAGAACAAUCUAUUCAAAACACCGGCAACAUACCUUUCAAUGUAAACAAGCCAUUUGAAUUUCUAGGAAGUAUUGAACGUUUGACUGGCUCUGUUUCCGUUGUCUAUUAAUCCGUCAGAAAAAGAGAGAUCACCUGUCGGACUGGUAGUUACAUUUUUUAAUUCAUCCGUCAGAUUUUUUACUCUCAUUAGGCAAGCGGGCACGUACUUUUUGCACCCCUGCUGUUAGUGUUAGAUGGCAACACUUAACACUGGCAACAAACACAAGACAAAUCCACUUCCUAAUGUUUUUAGGCUAAUAUUUGUUUUGGCACAUUAAACUUUGAUAACAUUAAUGUUUGCCGAGUGUUUCUACUCAACCCCACAUUAAUAAACAGUGUACCAGUUUUAGUUUCAUACCGUAAUAAACACAAUCAUGUUUUUUUUCAACAUUAGAAUUAAUGAGUUAAGAAAAGUUUUUUCCUAUCCAAUUUUCAGUGGACUUUGUUGCUUUGUAUAGAUUCUGCUAAAUUAGGACGUAGCCACUUCUGUACUGAUGUUCUCAUCUGUUUUGUUAUACUUUUACCACCGUUUGGGUUUUUUCAUGAAUAAAUAAUUUAAUAUCC